CAGAAGGUACCGGUAUUCUGUGCCCCCGUCGUGUGGAACGACUGUGCAACGUACCUGGAAAUGGGGGUACUGGAAGGGGCUCCGGCCCCCAUCCUGGUGGGACGGGAUCUUAUAGAGCAGGAAGCCCAGCUCCGGAGGUGGGAACAGAUCCAAGAGCCAAAGCCCCGCACCGUUCAUGCGGUGACUCGCCUGCAGAGCAGGAAGGCUAAAGAAGGGGAGUUAGGAAAUCCCCGGGAGAAAGUCACACCAUUGGCCGCAGGGGAAGGGACCCCUGCAGACGGCGAUUGCACCCUGGUCCCAGAGGGAACCGGUAACCCCGAGGGUGGGUUAAGUGACAGUCCCGGGGAGGGGUGUAAUCUGUCAGUGGCAGAGGGAGGUGACACUAGCAGGGAGGAGACCCAGGAAGUCCCUGUGGGGGAGUGUGCACUCCCUGCUGAUUGCCUAGCUGGGCAAGAGGAGUUCAAGCAGGAGGUUUGGGAGGACCCCAGCUUGGAGGGACUCCGGCAGAUGGCUCAGGAGCAAGAGACUGAGUUCACUCCGGACAAGAGGGAACAGGUGGUCUGGGAUAAGGGGCUUCUCUAUCAGUUGUGGGUGCCAAAGAACCAUGCCGAGACCAGGGAGCCCCAGCGCCAGCUCAUAGUACCCCGGAAAUACAGACAGCAAUUGCUUGCCCUGGCUCAUGCCCUACCGUAUGCUGGUCACAUGGGCAGGGAACGGACACGCCAGCGGUUGCAGGUGAACUUUUUUUGGCCCAGAAUUGCCCAGAAUGUGACGGACUAUUGCAAAUCUUGCGAGACAUGCCAGCGGACGGGCAAAAGCGGGGACAAGAGAAGGGCUCCCCUGCAGCCCCUCCCGAUCAUAGACCAACCCUUCCACAGGGUGGCAGUGGACAUUGUGGGACCGCUGAAGCAUAGGACUCGUAGGGGAAAGAAAUACAUACUGACUCUGGUGGAUUACGCAACGCGGUACCCGGAGGCAGUUGCCUUGACCUCCAUCAAGGCACCCGUGGUUGCUGAUGCCCUCAUCAAGGUCUUCUGCCAGCUGGGUUUUCCCUCCGAGAUCCUGACGGACCCGGGUGGGAACUUCAUGGUGGAGGUAAUGGAGUGCCUGUGGGACUGCUGUGGGGUGCAACACCUUAAGACCACAGCCUACCACCCUCAGACAAAUGGGCUGGUGGAAAGGUUCAACGGGACAUUGAAAGGGAUGCUCAAGGCCUAUGUGGACUCCAACCCCAAUGACUGGGAUGAGAAACUGCCGCAUCUGCUCUUUGCCUACCGGGAGGUGCCCCAGGAGUCCACUGGGUUCUCGCCCUUCGAGCUGAUGUUCGGGAGGCGAGUGCGAGGUCCUCUCGAUUUGGUGAGAGAGGAGUGGGAAGGGAAGAUCGCUUCCACAAAGACCUCCGUGGUGGAGUAUGUGCUUGACUUUCGUCAAAAACUGACUGACAUGAUGAAUGUGGCACGGGACUCCCUGGGACAGGCCCAGGAGAAGCAAAGGUCCUGGUAUGAUGAGAAGGCCCGCUUACAUACCUUUGAGCGGGGUGAGAAUGUGAUGGUUUUCCUGCCACUAAAAACGGACAAGCUGCAAGCUGCUUGGGAAGGUCCCCAUGCUGUCCUGGACAGACUGGAUGAUGUGACCUGUGUAGUGGGUAUUAAGGGAACUCCGGGGGACCCCGAGGAGCCGGUCAUGUAUGGAGACUGGGAUGGCGAGGCAGGGAUCGAGGAACUCCGCCUGCCGGACCAUCUGCCCUCCCAGGACAAGGACCAGCUGCUCGCAGCGCUCAAGGACUUUGAGACUGUGUUCUCUAACAAACCAGGUAGAACAGACCUGGCGGUACACUCGAUAGAGACGGGCAGCCAUCGCCCUAUAUACUCCCGACAUUACCCAGUCAAUGAGAAGGUGAGGCAAGAAAUAGAACGGGAGAUCGCAGAGAUGGAGGAGUUGGGGGUAAUCCGGCCUUCGACGAGUCCCUGGGCAAGUCCGGUGGUACUCGUCCGGAAGCAGGACGGGACCAUCCGGUUCUGUGUGGACUACCGGAAGCUGAAUGCCAUUACCACCCCUGAUGCGUACCCUAUGCCCAGGAUGGACACGUUGCUGGAUCGCCUGGGCCCAGCCAAGGUGAUCUCAACUCUCGAUCUGUCCAAAGGAGUUUGGCAGAUGGCCCUGGGCCCGGAUGCCAUAGCCAAGUCUGCCUUUACCACACCUACGGGGCUAUACGAGUUCACAGUUUUACCUUUCGGUUUGCGCAACUCGCCCGCCUCUUUCCAGAGACUGAUCAAUAAUCUGCUGCAAGGAUGUGAGCAGUUUGCCAUGGCUUACAUCGAUGACAUCGCCAUCUUCAGUCCGGAUUUCGAGUCGCACCUGACUCACCUGACCACCGUGCUAGGUAAGAUCAAGCAAGCUGGUCUUACAGUGAAAGCCAAGAAGUGCCAGUGGGCACUAUCGCAGGUAGUGUACUUGGGUCAUCAUGUGGGUGGAGGUCAGAUUGCUCCCUUGUGGGACAAGAUCGAGGCCAUCAAAGACUGGCCACCUCCACAGACCAAGAAGCAAGUCAGAGCCUUCCUUGGCCUGGCGGGUUACUACCGAAGAUUUGUCCCGGGGUUUGGAGCAACCGCAGCCCCGCUGCACGAGCUGACCAAGAAGGGCAGCCCGGACCCGGUGGUCUGGAAGCAGGGGUGCCAGGAAGCAUUCGACGCCCUCAAGGCUGCCCUGGUCAAACAACCGAUCCUGAAGGCACCGCUCCAGGAUAAACCCUUCUACGUGGCAACGGAUGCCUCCGACGUAGGACUGGGAGCUGUGCUCUUACAGGAGCACCAGGAGACACGGCACCCCGUGGCGUACCUCAGCCGGAAGCUAAUCCCUCGGGAGCGAAACCUGUCCUCCAUCGAGAAGGAGUGCUUGGCCAUCGUCUGGGCCCUGAACAAGCUGAAGCCCUACUUGUGGGGACAACAGUUCACCGUCCUGUCGGACCAUGCCCCAUUGCAGUGGCUGCAGACCAUGCACAACACCAAUGCCAAGCUGCAACGUUGGUCUUGGCAGCUGCAGGAAUUUAAUUUUACGGUCCAACACAUAAAAGGAAGCCAGACCGGAUUAUUUUCGGAAAAAAUUCCGGAAUACGCGCCCACAACCCGAAAAGUCAUUGAAUGA